AGAGCUGCACGCCGGCCAGGACCUCCGCAGAGGGUCGAGGACGUGUUGCAGGGACAGCAUGCGUUUCUCAGGAGGCUCCGGCGAGGGGUCCACAGGCAACUCUAGCUCGUGGUGGCCUCUGGCCUCUGGCAGCACCAACUUGAGCAGGGAGGCCGAGACGCUCGGGGAAGGUGACAGCCAGGAGGGGGACCUGCGGAACGAGGAGCUCGCCAAGCUGGAGAUCGCCGUGCUGGCCGUGACUUUCGUGGUGGCCGUGUUGGGCAACAGCAGCGUGCUGCUGGCUCUGCACCGCACGCCGCGCAAAACUUCCCGCAUGCAUCUCUUCAUCCGCCACCUCAGCCUGGCAGACCUGGCGGUCGCCUUCUUCCAGGUGCUGCCGCAGCUGGGCUGGGAAAUCACCUACCGCUUCCGCGGCCCGGACGGGCUGUGCCGCGUGGUGAAGCACCUACAGGUGUUUGCCAUGUUCGCGUCAGCCUACAUGUUAGUGGUCAUGACCGCCGACCGCUACAUUGCAGUGUGCCACCCGCUCAAGACGCUGCAGCAGCCGGCCCGCCGCUCGCACCUCAUGAUCUCCGCCGCCUGGGUGCUGAGUUUCGUGCUGAGCACGCCUCAGUACUUCAUCUUCUCCAUGAUCGAGGUGAACAAUGUCACCAAGACCUACGACUGCUGGGCUACCUUCAUCCAGCCCUGGGGGCCACGCGCCUAUGUGACCUGGAUGACGUGCGGCAUCUUCGUGGGGCCAGUGAUCAUCCUGGGCACCUGCUACGGCUUCAUCUGCUACCACAUUUGGCAAAACGUCCGUGGGAAGACUGCGUCGCGCGAGGACAGGGGCCCCGAGGGCGCGGGCAGAGCCUUCCACAAGGGGCUCCUGCUCUCGCCCUGUGUCAGCAGCGUGAAGACCAUUUCCCGUGCCAAGAUCCGUACCGUGAAGAUGACUUUCGUGAUUGUGACAGCUUACAUCGUCUGCUGGGCGCCCUUCUUCAUCAUCCAGAUGUGGUCGGUCUGGGAUGAGAAGUCCGCCUGGGUCGAUUCUGAAAACCCUGCCAUCACCAUCACUGCAUUACUGGCUUCCUUGAACAGUUGCUGCAAUCCCUGGAUAUACAUGUUUUUUAGUGGGCAUCUUCUGCAAGACUGUGUCCAAAGCUUUCCAUGCUGCCGGAACAUGAAGCAAAAAUUCAACAAAGAAGAUUCUGACAGCAUGAGUAGGAGGCAGACUUCUUAUACUAACAACCGAAGCCCAACAAACAGUAUGGGUACCUGGAAGGACUCGCCUAAAUCUUCCAAGUCCAUCAAAUUCAUUCCUGUUUCAACCUGAGCUCCUUAUUCAUGCAAACUCUUGAAAUAGACUUUUUGCGCAAUUAGCUGAACACAACCAGACAUCAUGAGAACAAAUGAACUUAGAUAAGCAUAAAUACAUUCAUUGAGUACAAGACUGUGUUUCUAGUUGCAUUUUCAUAUUGCUA